AUCAAAAUCAUUACUAACAAAAGAAAAGUAUAUACACAAUAAAAAUGGAGAAAUCAGCUUUGAUAUUCAUUGGUAUUAUACUUUUUUCAACAUGUACACCGAUUCUAGCACGAACUGGAUAUCUACCUUGCAAGAACAACGCUGAUUGCAUUAGACUCAAAUGUCCAACACCAUUUGGUAAGCCCACGUGUGUGAAUGCUGGCUGUGAAUGCCCGCUUGAAAGAUUUGUGGCUUUACCAGAUGAUACCAAUACCAAUUGUGGUGUGGCUACUUGCAUUGACUAUUGUAAGGCAAAAGGUGAACAAGCUUAUGCUUGUAUCAUGAACCGUUGUUACUGUCACAAACCUCCCAUGUAAUUUAUGUAACGGAUACUCUUUCAAAUAUGGAAUAUUAUA